AAAUACUUACGUUAACUACCGCACAUAGUAAUUUUUACUUGAUAUUGGCGAAAUCAUCUUUUAUUUCGAUGGAGCCAUAGCAUUUGAAAGAAUAAGUAUUGUUUCGGCUAAACGACAGCCUCCAAAUUGUCCUCUAAUAAGAUUUUUAUAUGAAAAAAACAACAAUAACAAAAUAAAAUUCAUCAUGGCUUUAAUGAGGUCGAAAUCGAACGCUAUUCCCGAAGAUGGCAUUGUGAUGGACGAAAUGGAAGCUACUACUUAUGUUUGGGAACUCGUCACUAACUGGGAGACUACAUCGGACACGUGGGCUCUUCGAUAUGGACCAGUAGUCUUAGGCAGCUUAAACGCAGUGUCGGGUAUUAUUAUCAACCAGCACUUCAGGCGGAAGCUUAAGCUAGGCAACUAUGGAUACUUUUCUUCCGUUAUACCAGUUUCAAUCCUGCCUGGGAUGCUCACAGCCUUAUUUCAUAGACAUUUACACCACUUUCGCACUAAUAGCUUAAAAUGUCUUUUUCAGUUUGCCAGUCGGUACUGCACGUACAGAGUUCCGGCCCUGGUGGAAGGUCCUAAAGUUGUAUUCCAAUUUCUCAGGAAGAUUACAAGACCGUUAACUGCUUCCCUGACUGCGUUAACAGCUCUACAGUUCAUAGCAUCCUCGGCAGUAACAUAUUUUGAAAUGAAAAACAACUUUACAAUGAGAAAAAAGAUGGUGGAAAUGGAGAACAAACUAUUAGCUGAAUAACUAUGGAUAUAAUUAUGUAGUAUAUAAAUAGACUGUAAAUAGAGAUUUUUAAUUGUGUUUUUUUUUUUCAAUUUGACUAAGAGAGAAUAUUAGUGAAAAUUGGCUACAUAAUUAAUAGACUCGUGCGUCAUUUUGCGGAAAUCCAUGUUAAUAAAACUGGAAAUCAAUUUCUUUGCUACUC